UCUCCGCUGACCAAAAACACCUGAGUCCAGACGUCAGCGCUGCCCAGAGCCGGACAACACUGAUCUCUUGCGUUUUAUUUUUAAAUUAAGAAAAGUCUUAUUCACUAGCCAGACUUAGCCGAUAGAGGAUUUUUCGAAUAUGGUCUGUGGCGGUUUCACCUGUUCCAAAAAUGCGCUUUGUUCCCUGAAUGUGGUUUACAUGCUGGUCGGGCUGCUGCUGAUUGGAGUAGCAGCAUGGGGGAAAGGGUUCGGCUUGGUGUCGAGCAUCCACAUCAUCGGAGGGGUCAUCGCAGUGGGCUUCUUCCUGCUGCUCAUCGCCAUUGUAGGACUCAUCGGAGCAAUACACCACCACCAAGUGAUGCUUUUCUUUUACAUGGUGAUUCUGUUCAUCGUUUUCCUCUUCCAAUUUGGAGUUUCCUGUUCCUGCUUGGCGAUGAACCGCGGACAGCAAGAGGCACUUCUGAACUCUGCCUGGAGAAUAUUGAAAAAUAAAACCAAGACAGACCUGGAGACCCAGCUGAACUGCUGUGGGCUGCUCAAUGUGACUAACAGCCGGGCACAGUUUGAGCUGGAUGUGCAGAACUGCCCAGCUUUAUGCAAAAAGGGCAGUGUGUGUUUCAGCUGUGGAGAUAAGAUGCUGACUCAUGCAACAGAGGCUCUGAAGAUCCUCGGGGGCGUCGGACUCUUCUUCAGCUUCACAGAGAUCCUGGGAGUGUGGCUCGCCGUGCGCUACAGAAACCAGAAGGAUCCACGAGCAAAUCCAAGUGCUUUCCUAUAGUCUGUCCCACGCAGUGCCGUACAUGCAGUUUCAGACACACACAGAAUAAUGCACAUCUAGAGGCAGACACUCAGGCACACGAUACAGAGCCACAACAACACAGAACGGACGAGCGCACGCAGCACCUGACACACACUGAGAAACAAAACACACACUGAGAAACAAAACACACACACAGACACACACACACCCUCACCUGAGAAACUACAACCUGUCACCUGUUAAGAUUUUUUUUUUUUUUUUUUUUUGCCCAGAGCUCAAGCUGGAAGACCUGGAUACUUAUGUAUGAAAGGAUGACUUGUAAUACCAAGAAGUGCGUCUUGUUGGUAUGUCGACCCAGCCUUGAUUUUGAGUGCCAGAUUUCCUGAUUGCGGCCUGCUAGUUUACCAACUAUGUAACAAGCAAUGAGACAUCUCUGCAUGUGUCCUACGCCUGCACAGUCCAACAGCCUCUCCGCUGAGUUCAUUCCACACACACCAACCAAAUGACUGUGCGGUGUCCAACAGAUAACGUAUAUGCACCUUGAAAUUUUCCUCUUGUCUCUAAUGUAGGGCCACCACUUAACGACACAUAUAUUCCUCUGGUCAGUGCUAUCAGUGACGUGUAAAAACUGUCAACCCAAACAUGUUCGAUGUGACGAGAAUGAGGGGGGAAGAGGACACAUACUGGACAUGUGGUGUAAAGGAGUUUUGAAAUGUGUCUGUUGCAAAUGCCGCAAUUGAACAGGUUUAAGAUGUUAGGUAGAUUUUAGGUAAUGUAGUUGCUAGUCAUUCGGGUUCAAAUAUUUAUGAACUGUAACUGAGCCAACUUAACUUUUAACAGUCAGAGAUAUUAGGAUGCCAACGGACUGCAGCCUUGAUGUUGUACAUACUCUUUAAAUACUGUAGUUCACGGAAAUCAUCCUCGGUGGGUUUGCCAUGUGUCCUACGCCCCUCCAGCUCGGAGGUUGCCUGCAUAGUUGAGGCCUUUUGAAGGCCACAAUAACUCACCUUUCCUGUAUUUAACAUGUUCCUUUGUGUCGCACAGUGAUGUUGCGUAGAAUAGAUUCUGGUACAAAAAAAAAAAGAAGUGGAUUCAGGUACGUACCAUUACCUCCUGUUUAACUGGAAGAAAUCUCAAAAAUGUAAAAAAAAAAAAACAAAAUAAAUACUUGCUGUUUGAUUUGAAAUAAUUGGGUGAAUCUGGCCAAAACUGCUUACUGCAAACCCAAUUUAGUUUUUAUAGUGUUAAUUGUGAAAAUGUGCUCUUGGUUGCAGUUAUUUUUCUUCUUUUUUUUUUUUUAUACUUCGAACCAGCUAAUCUUUCGUGGAAUUAUUUCGUCAGCAUAAUUGUGUCCUCUGUUGCCAUCGGCUCUUUUUCGUUCAUCAGUGUUAAAUGCUUUGUAAAGACUUGUUAAAUAUUUUCGGGAUCUAUUUAAGUGAUGAUGAUUGAUGAUGCACAUUAGGUUAAAGUUCUAUUAUAGUUUUGAUGGUAUCAUUUUUAAUGCCUGGCUCGAUGUUAGACUUAGUCCUGUUGAUAAAUCACUGCUCAUUAAUUCUCUCUAUAAGAUGUUUUGUUUUUUUUUCUUUUGAAUUGCUUUUAACUUAAAGGACUAACACAAACUGUAAUAACAUGUCUUACUUGAACCUGUCAACGUCGCUGAUAUGGGUUUCCUGCUGCUGGUUUUGGAGUUAUCGCUGGUGUAAACAAGCAUUUUGACAGAUCUUAAGCAUUAAGCAUUAUGCCAUAUAUUACACCUCACUUUGAAUUCGUGUGCACUAGUUAUUCAAAUGUAUCUUGAAUUUUUGAGACUUAAUUUUCCAAAUAAUAAAACCUCAAAUUGGGAACUGUU